UUUUGUGGGAUCUGGAAACGUGUUCAAAACGCGAACUGACCGACCAGAAGUUCCGUGGUUCGAAACCUACCCCUGGCAUCUCGUUCAGCUGUAGCACCCCUUCAGUGUACACCUGCCAUACCACCCGUAGGAAGCAUGAGGGCUGGGACAUUGCCAGGUUGCCCAAGCCUAAACAUGGGAAGUCUAAAUGCGGUGGCCGGGUUCGACCCCCUUCCGGCAAACCAUGUUUUCCAAGUCAUUUGUCGCCCGCUUCCACUGAGUGGCUAUUUUGUUCCAUGUCACGCUGUUUUCCUGAUAGGUGUACCGUUUUUAUCACUUUGCGUCUACAAGUGUUACUGGUUGUCCUAGUCGUUGAUGCACAUUCCUUUCGGCCUCUCAUUCUUCCUUCCGGUCUUCUGCAGGACUUCGUAUUUCUCGGUACUGCCUCAGGCUACCCUUCACCCGAUCGUGGAGCUUCUGGACUAGUCCUUCGCAACUUACAAAAUGGUGAUCACUGGUUGUUCGACUGUGGUGAGGGAACACAGAUUCAGGCGCAACGUUCCUCCAACGUCCGACUGGGACGAAUUUCCAAUAUAUUCAUCUCACAUCUUCAUGGGGAUCACAUGUAUGGUUUACCUGGCUUGUUAUGUACAAUAGACCAAAAAGGGACUGCUGGUGACAUUGCCUUACCAUCAUCCAGUGGAUCACCAAGCGAGGCUGUGGUGAAUAUCUACGGUCCGCAAGGAUUACGUAGGUACUUGAGACUCGCUUUGGCCCUAUCAAGGUCUCAUAUGAACUACACGUACGCUGUCCAUGAACUUAUUUUGCGUGACGAACAUCGUCCUGCGGGUUGGGAAGACUGGUGCUACCUAGAGGCUGAUCCAAUCCGUGAUCCACCCCUCCACUGCGAACGACCAGGGCGAGAUAUCCAUGCAGAUUCAGAUGUUAAUCUGGUUUGCAGAUUCCCAUGGAACUUCUCUGUCAAGGGUCGAGUUUACAAUGCUGCGGUGCGCUCCAUAUUACUAUAUGGAUCAGAAACCUGUCCGCUGCGCGCCGAGGACGUCAAAAGACUUUCAGUGUUUGACCAUCGAUGUCUUCGGAGCAUUGCCGGAAUCUGGUGGGAACACCGGAUCAGCAAUGCUGAAGUACGUCGAAUGGUAUUCGGGAGGAAUAACUCACCCUCGAUAGAUGAACUAAUCACACUGCACAGGUUGCGCUGGCUUGGCCACGUGCUGCGUAUGCCAGUCGACCGACUUCCUCGAAGGGUUCUUUUCGCCCAACCCUGUGAAGGGUGGAAGAGAGCCAGAGGCGGUCAAACAAUGACUUGGCAGCGAAGGAUGAAAGCCAUUACCAGCAAACUCAGCUGCGCUGGUCACUGCCGUCUUCCUGGAGGGGGACCCCGAGACGGGCCACAUCAAUGGCUAGAGACAUUGUCAGAUAUGGCCCACUUAGUGAUCGAUUUUGAUACUGUAUUUUCUGCAGAGGGCUGUGGAAUUACCGAAUGUCUAAUUUUGGCAACAGGUAUGAUUACCCUGGUAGGGUUCUGGUAUAAUAUCAAUCGCCCGGACGAUAUGGGAAUUUCAGUUCACUCUAUGGCCCUGUCACACACAAUUCCAUCACUUGGGUGGCUUAUAGUGCAUCCACCCAAGCCCCCUGCACUGUGUGUAGAAACUGCCCGAAUGUUGGGAGUACCUGACGGUCCAUUGAUGGGGCAACUCAAAAAGGGUGAACCGGUUGUUAUAAAUGGCCAAACAGUCUAUCCAGCUCAAGUACUGAAGACCGCUGUUCGAGGACACCGUAUCGCCAUCAUGGGGGACUCUUACGAUUCCAGUGCGCUUGAGCGUUUGCUUUUGCGACUGGCUGACAAAAGGAAAAUUUCACAGCCAACGCUCGAUGUUUUGGUACAUGAGGCCACGCUACAAGAUAGCAUGAGAGAAGAAGCACGCACCAAAGGUCAUUCCACCCCCACACCGGUCGUUCAGUUGGCUGCUCAAUUAAAAGCCCGGUUGCUCGUUUUGACACACUUCAGUCACCGAUACACCCCAGUUGGACGUCCUAAUACGACGCAAGGUAAAUGGCUCAUCAUGCGUUCACUUGCGAUGCACUUGGAUGAGACUCGAGGAUGGUCUGCCAAAACGCCACAAACUACCCACACAU